AUGGGCGUGGCAGGAAGCACCCACUUGACCGUCAUCCGAUGUUCUGCACCUUUUGCCUUAGAGGAAUGUAUUAAAGGCACAAGAAGAGAGAUCAAGAUGACAACGAGAACGAGAAGAACUUUGUAUGGAAGAGGGUCUAGUGAAAGCAUCUCUAGGGCACCUGAGAGGAGGCAAGUUGACAUUUGUGACUCCAUUUGGCUGGAAAAAGAGGUACAAGUUUGUGUUGUUGAUGCGCUCCAGCAUGCUGCUGGUAAAAUAAAUGCCUUGAUUGAAGGAAAUAUGCAGUUGUUUUGGGAUUUGUGA